AAUAGUCCAAUGCUUACUCGUAAAAGGGAAACGCGAAGUUGAAAAUCACGACGUUCAUAAUUCAAAUUCAAAUCGAAUCCAGCACGUUCCCACUUCCUGCAAUCAAAAAAAGAAAGCGGCUAUAAAUCCUUAGCCAAUCACCAUUAAUGGAGAUCCAUUUUCAAAAACCUUGAAAAACCCAUUCCUUCAAUACCCCACAAUUUCUAUUAAACAAACAGAGGAAAAACGAAGCAUGAUAAACAGCACAACUGAAAGCACGGAUGUUCCAACACAAAAGUACCACCUACCAAAGCGAAUAAUCUUGGUCCGUCACGGCGAGAGCCAAGGGAACAAGGACGACGCAGCAUACAGCGUAACCCCAGAUUACAAAAUCCCUUUAACGGCUCGAGGAAUUGAACAAGCAAAUCAAGCUGGGCCACGCAUUCUCGAUGUUGUUUCCGGCCAUGGGUCGUCGGAGAACUGGAAGGUUUACUUUUAUGUUUCUCCUUACGUGCGCACGCGCUCCACGCUCCGGGAGAUUGGCCGGGCAUUUCCGAAGAAUAGCAUGCUUGGGGUGAGAGAAGAGUGCAGAGUUAGAGAACAGGAUUUUGGGAAUUUUCAAGUGGCUGAGCGUAUGAAAGUGAUUAAGGAAACUCGGGAGAGAUUUGGGAGAUUUUUCUAUCGGUUUCCAGAAGGUGAAUCGGCUGCUGAUGUUUAUGAUCGAGUUUCGCAUUUCCUUGAAACUCUAUGGAGGGAUGUUGAUAUGAACAGGCACCAUCACAACCCUGAAGAUGAGUUGAAUCUUAUAAUUGUAUCCCAUGGUCUAGCUAGUCGAAUCUUUCUAAUGAAGUGGUUCAAGUGGACAGUAGAGCAAUUCGAGUACCUAAACAAUCUAGGAAAUUGUGAGUUUCGAGUUAUGGAAUUAGGGGCGGGUGGUGAAUAUAGCUUAGCAGUCCAUCAUACUGAUGAAGAGAUGCUAGAAUGGGGUAUGUCUCCUGAGAUGAUCGCAGAUCAAAAAUGGCGAGCUAAUGCUAACAGGGGUGCUUUGAAUGAUCAUUUCCCUUGGUACCUUGAUGCUUUCUUUGACCAUUUAGCGGAUUCAAAUGACAAAGAUGAUCAUGAUGUGAAGUCAAACAACUCUUAUCUCCCGUUAGCAUGACAUUGUCAAUGACCAUUCAUUCCAAUUCAUUACUUGCUGUUGUACUGUUCAUUUGGUUAACUGAUAGAAAUGUCUGUAAGCUCGUCUCUAGUUGUUGUUCCAGUUUUAGGCCAGGAGAGGUAUUUUUCCUCUUGUAGGCAUAAUCAGUGUCAAUUUCUUGUACAUUUGAAACUUUCAAUUGUAUAUCAAACGUUUGACAUCAAUGAUGAAGUGUGGAUUUUGUUUUUGA